AUGAGCGAGAAAGUUGGACCAUUGUCGUUUGAUACACCUGCACCUGGUGAAAUGUCAUUCGACAAGCCAUAUUCUGAAGCUACCGCGCAGCUCAUCGAUCAGGAAGUUCGCGAUAUGGUCCAGAAUGCGUUGAAACGUACGAGAGAGUUGCUAUUGGAAAAGAGAAGCGAUAUCGAAAAGGUAGCCCUUCGCCUACUGGAAAAGGAAGUUCUUUCACGAGAGGAUUUAGUAGAAUUGGUUGGAAAACGGCCGUUUGUUGAAAAGAACACGUAUGAGGAAAUGGUGACAGGAACUGGAGGUCUUGAUGAAGACACACAAUUGCCAAAAGGUCUCGAAAGCUGGAAUAAGGAAAAAUCAACACCUGGAAAGAUUGAUGAGAAGAAUUAG